UCUACACUUCUUCCUAUGCAGCAUGGUGUUGUUAAAAAUAAAGUUCCCCUUCCAAAAGAGGGUGCGUCUGGCCCAGGGUCUAUGGCUGCUUUCAUGGGUGGCCAUGUUCUCCGGAGCCAUCACCUUUGCUAUGGGAGUCUUCCUCAAAACUGAGCUACAUCGCAGAUCGGAGGUGAUGCACAGUAUGGACAUCCACAUUGUGCCAAAUCUGCUGAUGGCAGUGGGGUUAGCGUCUGUGGGCAUCAACAUCUGUGCUGGUAAAGCCUGCCAGGACUCACUGGAUCCCUCGCGCUUCCCACGCUGGAAGACAUUUCUUCCUCCGUUCUUCUGCUUCUCUGUCUUCAUCACCUCUCUGCUGCUGGUGGCCAUGAUUCUGAGCUUUGCCCUGCAGCCCAGUCUGGAGGAGUCUCUGAAGAUUGGGCUCAAGAAUGGCAUCCGUUUCUACAAGGACACAGACACACCAGGCCGUUGUUUCCAGAAGGAGACUAUCGACCGUUUGCAGAUUGAGUUCCAGUGCUGUGGUAACACUAACUACAGAGACUGGUUUGAGGUGCAGUGGAUCAGCAACCGCUACCUGGACUUCACAUCCAAAGAAGUGAAAGAUCGCGUGAGGAGUAACGUAGAUGGCCGAUAUCUGCUGGAUGGGGUCCCAUUCAGCUGCUGUAACCCUGCCUCCCCCCGGCCCUGUAUCCAGUACAGUCUCUUGGACAACUCUGCCCAUUACAACUACGAGUACCAGAGUGAAGAGCUGAACCUGUACAAUCGAGGCUGCCGCCAGGCCCUUGUCAAAUACUACAUGGGUUUAAUGAACACCAUCGGCCCCUGUGUACUUUUUGAUUUCCUUCUCCAGAUGACCAUUCUGGUGAGUCUGCGCUAUCUGCAGACUGCGAUGGAGGGUGUGAUUGGACAGGAAAAUGUGGAGAUCGAGACAGAGGGAUACAUCCUGGAGAAGGGGGUGAAGGAGACAUUGCUGGAGACUAAAGAAAAGAUGAAGAAGCUUCUCCAGUUUGCUCAGGUGGGCGACGCAUCCGCUGUGACCCCAGAAACACAGCCAGAGGCAGAAAAGCCAGCCACAGCCUAAAAGACCAAGUGUAAUUGUUUAUAAUGAAUGUUAAUGUGCACUCGAGUGCUAACUGCCCUUGAUUUUCAUCAUCCAAAGGGAUUACAUAAUCACAAUUGCAACGUAACAUUGUCACUUCAUUGUAUUGUUAAAUGAAGUCAAAAAUUUGAGGUAAAAACCAGGAACCUCUCAAAACACUGGAAACUGUUAAUGCAAAACCUAACAAUACCAAAAUACCCCUUUGACAAUUAUAUAUAAAAGUGAAGAUGUAUAAAGAAGAGUAAAAGCAGAAAAAUCCAAGGAAAUGAAGGCAAUGAAAUAGUACAUGUGGUCUGUAGAUGUUUUGCUGCUUCCUGCUUUGCUUAAAUAGACAAAAAUAAAGAGGUGAAAUUGCAAAAGACGCAUGCGAAAUAAAGAUUUGAGUUUUUAACUGA